AGACAUCAGAGACAGAGCAGGGACUUCCAUAUGUUCCCCAUGUUCACAUAAUGUGUACCUAACUAUCGUUUAAAGUUUGCACACAAAAUACACAGGAAGGAAAGGGAAGGAAAGUGGACUCCUUGUCAUUGUGACACACACCACUGCACACAACAAAAUGUGACCUCUGCAUUUAACCCAUCACCAAAGUGAACAGCUUUGAGCGCCCGGGGAGCAGUGUGUGCGACCCAAGUCCGCUUCCUUAACCACUAAGUACUACCACAGUAGCAGUGAGGGUUCAGUAGUACAUAGGUUGUGUGUAUCACGGCAUAGGAGAGUUACAUGGUAACUCUGAGAUUGGAUAGAUUUGAAAGGGAUAUAGUGGGAACAGCAAUAGAAGUGAAGAAAGAUUAUAGGGAAGCAUGAGAACGACGCUCGUGUUUCAGAUCUGGGUUUAGUAGAAGCAAUAAAAGAAGCUAAGGUUGCCAAUGGAGUGACUGUGAUCACUAAGCAAAGAUCUCAGACAUUAGAAAAAGUUGGACAUUUGCUACUGAUUUAGAUCAACAAAAAGGAGUUGCCCGGCGACAAUAUUUAGGGAACAAUAAUUAGUGAGAAAGCAAAGUGAACAUUUUGCAAUCACAACUCCUCAGCUCCAGUAAGGAUGAAUGAAAUUGCCUUUCCUAUUUAUAGUUUUAUUCUUUAUUCAGUUGUGUUUCCGUUUUUUGUUAGAACUAAUUUUUUCAUUGGUUUUUUGUAUGAACUUGUACACAAAAUACUGUUGAAAAGUUUGAAUAAGCAAUCAUCCAGGGUCCAGGAACAGAUUCAUCCAUUUUACAUUCCUGUUGGAAAAAUUGUUUCAGCCUCAAACUUUUCAGUUCACAAAUAAAUUAAGUUUGAAAACCAAGGUUCCACUGUACAAUCAAGUGUAAAUUUGGAAAGACGUGUAUGUGCUGAGUCAUCUCAUUCGUAAAGGUGCAAUAUUGUAUUAUUUUUAGUGAAAACCAGGGUGGGAGCUAGUCUACCAGUGGGGUUGUCAAGAACUUUCCUGGAUGAUAAUUUUAUGCAAUGGACUGAUUUCACACACACACAUACACACACGCACACAUUGUGUCCACACAAUACGUCCACUCCCGAGAAUAUUUGUGCAUAUUAUGCAGGUGAGAUAAGAAAGGGUAAAAGAAAGGUCAUUUCAUAUACCAUAAACACCCAAACACUACAUCUGCACAUUAUCAAUUUAUAGACAGUAUUGAUGUUUAAAGUGGACAUGUAGUGAAGGUUGACUGAAACAGGACCAACGCCAAUGUUAUGGUUUACAGUUGAUUUCCAAAAGUGAGGGAGGCCUGGAGAAAGAUGCAGAGUGUGUUUUUGUUCUGAACAGAAAGGCGUUAUCCUGCUUCAGGAAGUUGCUUUUAAAGCUAAAGAAGUGACUUUCCUGUGGAGGAAAUGAUUACAGUGAGGACAAGGCUUGGUCUAGACAAAGUGUUCCACCAAGCUGCAGGGCCAGUCUGCAGUUAAACACAGACCGUCCCUCAGUGUAGAUGGGUGUCUGUUUCCUCCCAAUGGAUCUAAGAUGCUGCCUGGACUGGUUGAUUGACAGAACAUCAUUUGGCCACCAAGCUUCCCUAUGGGAAAAUGUGCUUGCAUACAUUGCAUAAUGGGAAAUCUCUUAGAGUGUAAAUGGAUGGACAAUAACCCCUCCUUUUUUGCUCAUUGGCACACAUAUAAGAGCUGAUUCCCCCCUUUUUUAAUGUCAGGUACUUGGUCGACAGAGAGAUGUCUAAUGACAGCUGUAAUCUCCCCUUGGACACGGACACUUUCGGCCUGACUUGUAUCUAUGGCCUGAUCUUCUCUUUGGGCCUGCCCAGCAACCUUCUGUCCCUGUGGGGACUCUAUCAACUGGGUCGCUCAGGUGGCGGAAGCUGCCAGCUUGUAUACAUCCUCAAUCUCCUGCUGUCGGAUCUCCUCCAACUGCUCACCCUGCCACUGUGGAUGCUUUACCUGCAGGGAGGCCAUCGCUGGCCUUAUGGCCAGUUGACCUGUGAGCUGGUUGGCUAUGUAUUUUAUGUAAAUGUCUACGCAAGCGUCAUGUUCCUUUGCCUGAUAGCGCUGGACCGCUGCUUGGCAAUCGUGCACCCACUGAGCAGCCGCAGGGUCCGGACUGUCAGGGUGGCAGCAGUUUCAGGCGUGGUCGUCUGGAUCCUCACCUUCCUGUUCUGCCUGAGCGGGCUGCUCCCAACGGUGUUUGACUCGGACAGACUUUUGUGCCUGGAGCAGUAUCCUGUCAGUCCGGGAUAUGCACUUUUCAUGAUCACCACCGUGGUUCUUGGUUUUCUGCUACCAUGUACCAUUCUCGGCUACACCUCAGCCCACAUUGGGCUGACGCUUCAACGCUCCCCCUCCCUCUCCAAUCACGAGCGUCACAAGAUUGUGGGCAUCCUGGUAGUCAUUACAGUCAACUUCAUCGUCAUCUUUGGGCCCUAUCACCUCGUGGGUGGAUACAGGUUUAUGUCCCUGCUGCUGUCCGAGGAGCCAUGCGGACUGGAGCGUUCCAUUUUCCUCAUCUAUCGCCUGUGCUACGGUCUGACCAGCCUUAACACUUUGCUGGAUCCUCUUUUUUACUUCUUCCUCUGCUCUGACGCUCGCCUGGAGCUGCAGCGCUCCUUGCCCUGUUUGGCAAGGAGGCAGCACGGCCGCAUGAAGAUGACCCUUAGUGCCAGGCCUCGACCCAGUGCACAGGCAGACAGUGAAACUGGACAAAUCAAUCUUCUUGUAAUGUAACUUCACUGUGACCAUUUGAAUCUUAGCACCACCGCCACCUGGUGGAAAUGUAGAUGCAAGGCCCAUGUAGAAUGCAGAGUCAGUAAAUUAUUCAAUAUUUGCGUGUUGCUUUUUAUUUUAUCCAGGUUUUACAUUAAGACAACAACAGGAGCAGAUUUGUGCUGAACAUGAUAAACUUAAACACUACUGUCUUACAAUAAUAAUAAUAAUAAUAAUAAUAAUAAUGCUAAUUAUUAUUAUUAUUGUAUUUAUUUUAACAAUCUCAACACUGCAUGCUGAGUAUAUGAAUAAAAACAUGGCACGUGACAAUAGAUAUAGUUUCUUGUUUUAAAUACCUGUCUGGACCUCUGUCCGUUGCAAACAAACACACAUUACUUCUUUUA